UUCAGAGCUGCAGAAUGUCACAUUCUUAUACUUCAAAAUGGCAGCUCCCAUACGAGUUCCGGGGUGCUGUCGGUAUUUCCAAGUAGCGAUUUUAUUGACACUGUUUAUUUUGCAUACACAUUCUGAAUCGGUCAAUCCGGAUGAAUUUUUCACCAGUGGCCAUACAAACAAUUGGGCUGUGCUUGUGGACACCUCCAGAUUCUGGUUCAACUACCGCCAUGUGGCUAAUGUGUUGUCCAUCUACAGAAGUGUCAAACGUUUGGGCAUCCCUGACAGUCAAAUUAUCCUGAUGGUAGCUGAUGAUAUGGCCUGUAAUCCCCGCAAUCCACGACCAGCAACUGUCUUCAAUAAUGCCAACCAGCAAAUCAAUGUAUAUGGAGAUGAUGUGGAGGUGGAUUACAGGGGAUAUGAAGUUACGGUUGAAAACUUCAUCCGUGUUCUCACAGGACGACUGCCACCAAGUACACCUCGAUCAAAACGCCUACUGACUGAUGAGAGGAGUAACGUUCUUGUUUAUAUGACAGGUCAUGGUGGAGAUGGUUUUCUGAAGUUUCAAGAUGCUGAGGAAAUUUCCAAUGUAGAGUUGGCUGAUGCUUUUGAACAGAUGUGGCAGAAGAGGAGGUACCAUGAGCUGUUCUACAUGAUUGACACCUGCCAAGCAGAGUCUAUGUUUCACAAGUUUUACUCCCCAAAUAUCUUGGCUGUGGCCAGCAGUAAGAUUGGAGAGGACUCAUUAUCGCACCAUGUAGACCCGACCAUUGGUGUAUUUGUGAUUGAUAGAUAUACUUACUACGCACUAGAGUUUCUAGAGUCGGCUAAACCUGAGAGUAAGAAGACUAUGGGACAAUUUCUGAAGGUGUGUCCUCGUUCCCAGUGUUCAUCUACAGUGAGUACCCGUACAGACUUGUUCCCUAGGGAUCCAGACAAGGUUCUUCUCACUGACUUCUUUGGCAGUGUUCGUAAUGUAGAGCUCCUCACAGACAUAAUCCUGUUGGGCAAUGUUACAGGGGAGACAACCCAGCAUUGCAGUAAAGACACGUGUGUUGAGGAACAGACACAGAAGCUUGUGUAUGCUGACCAGUUUCCUAUGCCAAUCUGAGGAUAUUGGUCAAUCUUUUGGACAUCGGACUGAAGAUUCAUGAGGGCUGACUUGUUCUUCCGGCAGCCGGACGAUAUUGGUGAAAUUUGUUGACAUCGGACUGAAGAGUUAUAAGGGCUGACCUUUGCCAGCCUGAGGGUAUUUUUAAACUUCAUGGACAUCAGACUGUAUAUGUAUGAGGGCUGACCCUUUUCCUGCAAGCCUGAGGGUAUUUGUCAACUUCGUGGAAAUUGGACUGAAGGUUUAUAAAGUCCGAGUUGUUUCCUCUGCCAAUCUGAGGGUAAAGGUCAACUUUGUUGGCUUCAGACUAAAGAUUUAUGAGGCCUGAGCUGUUUCCUCUACCAAUCUGAGGGUAAAGGUCAACUUUGUUGGCUUCAGACUAAAGAUUUAUAAGGCCUGAGCUGUUUCCUCUACCAAUGAGGGUAAAGGUCAACUUGUGGACAUCGGACCAAAACUUAUGAAUGCUGACCUGUUUCCUACGUCAUUCUGAGGGUAUUGGUCAGCUUUGUCAAUAUGGAACUUAUGCUGACCAGUGUCUUAUGCCAGUCUGAAAUUAAUGAUCAACAUUAAAGACAUAAAUUUCCAAGUCUAUAAAUGGUCACAGAAAAUCUUUAAAUAAUGAUUAAAGAAAGUGAUUGAUGUGUUGCAUGAUGUACAGGUAUCGACAUUUUCCCCUGUGACGUCAAUUCUACUUAUUUUCAUAAGCAAUGUUUAGGAGGCCAUGUACAUCAAACAACUAUAUCAAAUAAGCAUCUCCAACAUGAUAAAACAAGAGGUCAAGAUUGCUAUUUAACCUGACAGUUUGAGCUUCAGAGUAACUGACACGAUGCGGUGAUAAUGAUUCUAGCAACAUAUCCAAUUUAAGUAUACAGUCUGUAUAUUUUAAUAAAUGUUCAGGAGAAUUUCUUAAUUAGCCUUUUAUUUCUACAUCUACAUGUGACAAUUUUUAUACAACUGAUGACAAUGUCAUCCUUUUUUUUUUCUUUGUUUUUGUACUCACUUCAGUGAUGGGUACAUUUUUUGCAAUUUUUUUUCCAGAUUUUGUUUUUUUUAAAUAAAAAUCCUUUAAUUUAAA